UCACAACAAUCAUCUUCCAACUCACAACAACAACAUGUCUGCCUCACUUCCACCUCUUUUGGUAGAUAUACCACGUAAUCCAUUCUUGGCAGUUGGUAUUCCCGUAACUUUAGGCGUUGCAACCGGAUUGGUUACCCGAACAUCAUCAAAAUCACCCGAAUCAUUAUGGUAUAAAUCUUUGGCACGACCAAAAUGGGAACCGCCACGUUGGGCAUUUGGAGUCGUUUGGCCGUUGCUUUAUAUCGCAAUGGGAGUUAGCAGUCACCUAACUGUUAAAGCUUUAGAUCGUACUCCACCAGGUUUAGGUAGAACAAGAGCGAUGAACGCAUUAAAAUUGUAUUAUGCUCAACUUGCUCUUAAUCAAUUAUGGACUCCGUUAUUCUUUGGUGCAGGUCAAAUUACGAUCUCUUUUGCAAAUUUGAGCGCUCUUUUGGGAACGAUUGCCGUUUGGGGUUGGACAUUAAAGGAUGUCGAUGAACGUGCAGCAAUUCUUACCGUUCCUUAUUUGGCUUGGAGUGCUUAUGCAACUGCUUUGAACGGUUUCAUCUGGUGGAAGAACUCUGGUAAACCAUUCUUCGGUGCUUUACGUGAUAGGGCAAACGAGAAGAAGAAGGGUAACUGAAUGCGUCCUCACUUAAUGUAUGUUCAUCUGAAUUGAAUCUGCUAUGAUCAUCUGUUAUAUAUAAUUAUUUGAGUGGUG